AUGAGUCCAAGCAAUGAGUUCCACUGGAAAGGCAGCAUUUCAAACCCUGAGUUGACAGCAGGGUACUCCCUGCUUACUCCUGUACUCCCCUCUUACUCCCAUCCCUCGGCAGCAUCCAUCCAGGGGAGCCCACUCCUUUGUGCUUCUGGCCCAGGCAUGUCCAGUUGGCCUCUUGAGAACAGAACAGUAUUCUGUGUGUUCCUGGGCCACAUACAGAAGGGCUUUUCACCUUUCUCUCAUCACGAGCUUUCCUCUGGAGAUACGGAUCUACUGCAGUUCCUCAAGAACGAACGAGGACUGAUCUGUCUUCACUUACAUUUGCUGCAAGGCCAACCAUCAGGAUCUGAUGUUCUGUUCCCUUUCACUCAGCAACACAUCCAAAUGCAGUUCAAGAAAUGGAGCAAAAGAAAUUUUCAAGAGCCAGUAUUUUGCUUAAAAAUGAGAUAUGACUCUGAAACAUUCUUCACCUUCUAUGCACAGGUGAUUACGCUGAAAUUGUUACCUGAGCAUUUGUGUCUGGGUCAAUCAACAACUAUAUUGUGA